CCCAGCCCUGUCGUGACCUCAGGAGGGACAGUGACCCUCCAGUGUGUCUCAUGGGAGGGAUUUGACAGGUUCAUUCUGACUAAGGAAGGAGAUCACAGGCUCUCCUGGACCGUGGACUCACAGACACAGACAAGUGGGCAGUCCUGGGCCCUGUUCCCAGUGGGCCCUGUGACCCCCACACAUAGGUGGAGGUUCAGAUGCUAUGGCUGUUAUAGGAACAGACCCAACGUGUGGACACUCCCCAGUGAUGUCCUGGAGCUCUUGGUUCCAGGUGAGUCUGGCAAGCCCUCCCUCCUGAGCCAUCAGGGCCCGAUCGUGGCCUCUGGACAGAGCCUGACCCUCCAGUGUCGCUCUGAUAUCGGCUAUGAGAGAUUCGCUCUGCAGAAGGAGCGGGGACGGGACCUCCGUGAGAGCCUUGUCCUGCAGCCCCAGGCUGGGCUCUCUCAGGCCCACUUCCCCCUGGACACUGUGAGCAGCUCCCAUGGGGGCCGGUACAGAUGCUACGGUGGAUACAACCUCUCCUCUGAGUGGUCGGCUCCCAGUGACCCCCUGGACAUCCUGGUGGCAGGACACCUGCCUGACACACCCGCCCUCUUGGUGCAGCCAAGCCCUGGGGUGGCCUCAGGAGAGAACGUGACCCUGCUGUGUCAGUCCCAAAGCUGGAGGGACACGUUCCUUCUGUCCAAGGAGGGGGCAGCUGAUCCCCCCCUGCGUCUGAGAUCAAAGCACCGAGCUGGGCAGUACCAGGCGGAGUUCUCCAUGAGCCUUGUGACCUCUGCACAUGGGGGAACCUACAGGUGCUACAGCUCACAAAGCUCCUCCCCCUUCCUGACAUCACUCCCCAGUGACCCCCUCGUGCUCCUGGUCUCAGGACCCUCUGGAGGCCCCAGGCCCCCACCCACAGGGCCCAUCUCCACAGCUGGAGUCAUCCUCAAACUCUCCAGUUUGGCUGAGCCAGGGCCUAUCGUCACCAAGGGGAACCCCGUGACCAUCUGGU